AUGGGAAAUUCGGGUGUGCAAAUUAUUGCUCUGCUGUUGACGAUGACGACGUUCGUCAUUACCCUGAUUGCCUGCAUCCUUCCAUUCUGGCGAAGAAACGACUUGGAAGGUGAAGUUAUCGAAACGAUCCGUCGUAGCUCAGGAUUAUGGACGAAGUGCACUUAUCUGGCCACUGGAAACUGGAACUGUGAUGCCUACGACAGAUUUUUUAUCGGGUUACCGGCGUCAUUACAAGGCGCCCGUGCACUUACAAUAAUUUCUCUCUUCUUCGGAUUUUGCGCAACAAUUACGUCUGUUAUUGGUCUUGAUUGCACUACCGUCGGUAUGGAUCAACCUGGACUCAAGCAAAAAUGCAUGCUUGCUGCCGGCGUUAUGCAGAUUCUCACUGGAAUAUGUAUCGGCGUUGCUGUUAGCUGGUUUGCAUCAUCUGUGCUCUAUGAAUUUCAUAAUCCUUUAUCGAGAGGACCAUACGUUGGCCAAGGUGUUCGCGGGAGCUAUUCUCAAAGCUAUUAUGGAAAUAACGGUGAUCGUUUCGUCUACGGGGAGUGUCUCUUCCUUGGAUGGGCCGCUAUGGUCUUGGGAAUUGUCAGCGGUGCUCUUUUCUGCUGCAACGGCUACUCCUCGCUCAACGAAGAAGACGACAACAGGAGUUUUAAUGCGGCCUAUCAGCCUCCGAUGGACUACGGCCGUCCCAAAUCCAUGGGUCAUGAAUACAUCUAA